AUGAACCAAAGAAAUAAAACAACCACACCUCGCCAUCUCCGUAAGUAUAUCAAACUCGGUGCCCUAGCUAAGAUUCGUGACGCUCGUAUCAGUGCUAGAUCGAAACAGAUUAACUUCAUCCAUGAAAUUCCUAUCAAUCAUGCUCUCUCAUCGUCACAACCCUCAUCUAUUACUCAGCAUGAGGCCAACUCUGUUGAAACAAUUCCUCUCUUCCUCACCAGGAUCCAUGGCCCUCACUGCCCACAAAGGAAGAGGCUCACUGCUACAAAGCCAAUCACCUAUGUACCCAUCAAUCCCUCUAUUGCCUUGCCUGAUCUAGCUAUUGAGUCCUUUGGAAAUGAUGUUGACAUCGCGAUUUGA